AUGGGAAGAAACGGCAUGGUUACAUCUGGACACGUCCUUGCCUCGCAAGCUGGCAUUCAGACAAUGAUGGCGGGUGGCAACGCUGUUGAUGCAGCCAUUGCGACUGCUGCUGCGCUCGGUGUUGUUGAACCUGCUGGCUCUGGAGUCGGCGGUGACGGUUUUAUUCUCAUUUAUUGGGCAGAGACCGGACAGGUCACCGCUGUAAAUGCAACUGGACCGGCACCGCGUGCCGCAACUCGUGAAACCUAUCUCAAAGACGGUGGGAUUCCUAUGAAAGGCAUGCGGAGUGUUUCAGUGCCAGGGCUCGCUGAUGGAUGGUUGCUCGCGCACGGAAAGUACGGAGCACUCAAGUUAGAAGAUGUUUUCGCACCAGCAAUCUCGCUCUGUGAAGAAGGGUUUCCAGUGAGUCAUAGGCUUGCCGGUGGGCUUAAAGGCGAAAACGCCCGCUUUGCUGCCGAACCGGAUUCGCGCGCUGUCUUCACAAACGAUGGCAAACCGAUCGCCGCAGGUCAACUCCUUGCGAACCCCAAUCUCGGGACCACGCUCCAAAAGAUCGCAAAACACGGCAGAGACGUGCUCUAUAAAGGCGAGCUCGCUGAGGCUAUCGGUGAAUUCAGCCGUGCUUAUGAUGGUCUCUUGACUGCUGAAGAUCUCGCGAACUACCACGCACACUGGGCUGAGCCGAUACAUGUCAACUACCGUGGAUAUGAAGUAUACGAGAUGCCCCCCAAUUCAAGUGGUCAUAUCUUGCUUCAAGAAUUGAACAUGGUUGAGUUGUUUGAUUUGCAAAGCUUUAGGGUGCAAUACCGCCGAAAGUGUCCAUCUGAUGGUUGA